CAUUCAAUUUCACAAAGACACAAUUUGCAUCGAUGUGAAACCGACCCUUCUCUGCGGCUAGGCUUGGAUGGCUGCCAGGAGCCGCUUUCAUUCAGAAAGCAGAAGUCAUGAACACUCAGAAACCUUCACACUUCGCCGAUCAAAGACUUACAACCUCCUCGUUGGUAGGUGGAAGUCGUUUCGGCGCAGACGCAUAAUCUUGGUCUUGCUCGCAGCAUGGCUUCUCUACCUCUUCUUCAAGUACAUGCCAACAGAUCUCCCACCUGUCUCUGAACGAUAUGACCACCGCUACGGUCGCUUACACCCGGGGUUACGUGGUCCGUAUGGUGGUGAUUCUCCAGACACACUCCAAAACUCCGACCAAAGUUAUGAAGGUCCUAUAAGGUUCUACGAAUUGGCCGCGACUUUGCAAGAGCAUGGAUGGAUUCGAGAUAUGAAAGGCAAUGUUCUCUUCGCCGUUUCAGACGUGAAAAGUGUGCCUCGGAUUCUGCCCAUGGCAUGUGCAAUGGCACAGCAUAACAGGACCCGAGUUCACCUGGCGUUCAUGGGACGCCACGCCGCAGCCUGGCCAGAGAUUCGUGCAGCGAAUGGGAUUGAAGAAUCGGAGUGUAACAUAUACUUGCACGAUGCUCGACCUGACCAUGCGGCUCAAUCAUCUGUGUCGAGGCUGGAAGUCAGUGCAAGUGCGAGUUUGGGACAUAUCCAUUCAGUCAUGCAAUUGCAUGCGGUUUUGACUACAGAACGCGAGGAUGACUAUUUGGUCAAUGCUUUGAGGGAGAAGACAUCGUCUCUUGGCCUUUCUCUCAUAACUCUUCCUGCCAGCAGCCAGCAGAGUCUGUCGUGGAUUUCAUCCCUGGACGCUGCAUCGCUCUCCCGGCUCGACAAGAUCCAGAUUGACAUUGUCAUCCAAGCGCAGCCUGAGUCCUCAGCUUCCCUGAUGCGGCUUCUGCGAUCAAUCAAGGACGCCGACUACUCAGGAUGGACGCUUCCCAGAUUGACGAUUGAAAUCCCCAAUAACGUGGACCCCUUCCUCGCCCGAUACUUAUCAAACUUCCGGUGGCCUGCCAAUGGUGCCGGCAGCGAGAGUAGAGUUACGAUCAAGCACAGGCUCGACGCAAGGCUCAUGACUCCCGUGCAGGCAUCUAUGCGGACGGUCGAAUCUUUCUAUCCUUCAGCGGCCAGCACGUCUCACCUUCUGUUGCUCUCGCCCAACACCGAGCUCUCACCCAACUACUUCCAAUUUUUAAUGUACACAUUGCUUGAGUAUGGGUACGGUUCACAGAGCACAGGUCUGAUCGAGCACUUAGCUGGUAUCUCGCUGGAUUUACCUCGAUAUGGACCGGACUUGAAAACGAAAGCGCCAUAUGGGGGACAACUUGCAAAGCCCUUCACUCUUUGGCAAGCCCCCGCCUCGACUGCGGUGCUCUAUUUCGGAGAUCGGUGGGUCGAAUUUCACACUUUCUUGUCUUAUCGACUCUUCCUCGAUCCGGAGCUCGCGUCGAAGACAAAAUCCACACCCACACUGUCCCACGAAUAUCCCGCAUGGAUGACACCAAUGCUUGAGAUGAUGCAAGCACGUGGUUACUAUGUUUUGUACCCGAGUUUCAUGGAGAGGGAAGGAUUAUCAGCGGUCACGGUACACACCGAACUUCCUCAGUCCCCUGAAGAAUACAUUGCGGAGGGCAACGACCGAACACUUGAUGAUGGGGCCCCAAAGAUCAAUUUGGCCGAUGAUAAAGCGCUGACGGCGGAUGACGAGAUUGCACGGCUGAUGCGUCAGGAACAGAAGCUAUCUGGGAAUUCGCUUACCACUCCUCUUUUGGAAGCCACGGUCCGACAACAAGGAAUCGACUUUUCGAUAGAGCGCGACAUUCCAUUGAUGUCCUUUGAUGGCGAAAAGAGAGAAUGGGCGAUUUCUUGGAGCCUUGCAUCAAAAUUCGCGGAGGAUUUCGCCAUUUCAGUCGGGCGAUGUGCGGGAUACAACAGUAACCAGGGGGGUGAUACUGUCGGGUCGCUAUUCUGUCUGGCAGCUACGUGACUUCUUGUCCUUCAAAGCAGCAAUACCAUCACCAGGACGAUUUCGAUAUCCUCCAAUGGCGUAGUCUUCAGUGUUGUCUGACAGAAAGCCUUGCGCCCACUUCCACUACUUUUGGACUCCAAUCAAAGAGGAGACAGUCCGACUUGAAGACGCUCGCCAAGAGACUGCAGCGAUCAUGCCAAUGUUAUCAUUCCCUCGUGGCAAAUGAACCAGCGCGAUUGAUGUUGUCAGAUCGAGUGGCUGACAAAAUCGGAGCGGGAGGGGAUGCAAAACUAGAGGACCAGGGGUAUGGAAGUUCAUGGUGGACGAUCGUCUAUAAGAUCGAAGAUCCCAGAGCACCAGAGUCGAUACGGAGCAGGACCACUAGGGUGAGGGAGGAAAGUCAAACGUGCGCGCAGAGGGGAUCGUCGUCCUAGGAGGGGGAACUGCACACCCGGUCUUCGUCCAGCGUUCAUCUUACCCUGUGUAAGCCACACGACACAGAUUGAUCUGGACGAUAGCCUUUUUAUUCUUCUGCGCUGACAGAAUCAGACUGUGGCCGUCCCUCUUCCAUCCAUCAUUGUCAGAUAAGUGAUAAUAUUGUCGGAUACCGGAUGACGGAUGCGGGAUGCCCAUUCAGACCCGCUUGUGCUUCCCCAGACUUGACAGUGGGUGACACUGAUGGUUCCGUCUCUUACACACCAUGGCCAAAAACCCCUCGCUGGCCUCUCACCUCGGCAAAACCAUAUGCUGGAUCAACCAGUUGACAAGUUGAAUUGGAAGCAGGGAUCUGAUGCUAGAGGAGGGGGGAUCUUGGAGCGUGUGCCAAUUGGUGAUUGAUGUUGCUGCGGCGUCUCGAGCGGGCUGCGGGCUGCGCUUCACGCCCAACACCCACCAACACUGGCUGCACUGGGUGCGCCGGGUGCUCACAUCCCAUUCCUUCUCUUGGCUGGUGUAUGUAUUGCGGGAGGAUUACUCAGGAUUGGCACGGUAGAAAUAUGCUC